UCCUGGAAACCAAGGCUCCCCUGGUAGAGAUGGCCCCCCAGGAUCGAGGGGUCUGCCAGGUAAUAACGGACCUCAGGGCCGACAGGGACCACCGGGGCCACUUGGAACCCCGGGUGCACCUGGAGCUCCAGGACCAAAUGGGUCAGCAGGACCCGAGGGGAAUCAAGGACUUCCUGGUCCUGGUGGCAUCAAAGGAGACAAAGGAGAAAGAGGUGACAUGCAAUCCCCAGCAGCCGUGCGCACUAUCGCACGCCAAGUAUGUGAGCAGCUCAUUCAGAGCCACUUGUCCCGCUACAACUCCAUCCUCAACCAGAUCCCAGUCCAGUCAGCCGUGUCCGUGCGCACGGUACCAGGACCGCCCGGCGAGCCCGGUAGAAGAGGCCCCCCAGGACCCCAGGGAGAACAAGGGUCCGCCGGCAGGCCUGGUUUCCCUGGUUCUAAUGGGCAGAGUGGAAGACCAGGAGACAGAGGUCCACCUGGAGAGAAGGGCGAGAGGGGGAGUCCAGGUAUUGGAAAGCAAGGACCAAGGGGACCUCCUGGACCGCCAGGUUUGCCAGGCGAGGGGCGCACAGGCAGCCAGGGCCCUCUCGGUCGCCCUGGUAACCCCGGGGCACCUGGGAGGCCGGGCAGUGCUGGGACCGCCGGACCAGCUGGACCUCCAGGAUACUGUGACCACAACUCCUGUUUGGGGUAUAAUGUUGGAGUCCAACCUCUUCCUCAUGGCGGCUAUCGGCCAGACAGCAGACCUUACCGCCCUGCCCAGGAGGAGGAGGAGGAGGAAGAGGAAGAGGAAGAGGACCCGUACUAUCAGCUGCAUCAUCGCCAGCUUCACGGAGACGUGGAGCUGAGGUCGCCGGGUGUGGUCAGGAGGUUCCCCCGCAGUGUCGUCGUCAUGGAGGAGAGCGAGUGAGGAGGACUCAGGAGGAAGGACGCUUCAACCUCAAACACUCAUUCUUCAGAAACUGCCCGCCCCCCACCCCCCCUGUGUACCCGUCAUGUAAAUACUGUAACACCUGUGUCAUAUUCUGUGAAAAAAAGAAAAAGUGCCUGAUUUUUUGUUGUAUUUUGUUUUCCCGAGCGAGGUGAGGACAUCGCUCCCAUCUCCACGUCUCACACUCAAACCUCCAAAGUUGCCCUCGGAUUUGUUCGACCCGCGAAAAUGUUUUACCUUUUUCAACUCGGGAGGUGAGUCUCAUCACGCGAAACCGACAACCUCUGUCUUUUUUUUUCAUGCUUGAACAGUACACACGCCUGUAGCCAGGUGGCAGCACUUCUCAAAUGACUGAAAUGUUUCACUUUGGUGGAUCAUAACGGAAAUAAAGGGAGUGCAGAAGUCUAA